AUGUCUGGUUCUUCUGAUGAAGAGAUCUCAAACGGUAAUCGCGAGGGUUACCAAAGAGGGGGUAGUGACGGCGAUGACGAUGAAGAUGAAGAAGAGGAUCGGAAGAAGAAGAAGAAUCGUGCUAGAGUUGAUUUUGGUUAUGGAAAGAGGUUGGUACUACGGCAAUUUACGAAUGCCAAGAAUCAAAUUCGGAGAGUUAGAAGCAGAAAGGUGGUGAUUGUUCAUGGUGAUGCUAAUCCGAAUGGAUUUGGUUGUAAGUUUUGUUUUUCGCGUCCUAGUGUAAUUGAAAAUUCUGAUGGGUCUCCUAGUAGUGACCCUAAUGAUCCGAAAUUUACUCAUUCUAUGAUGAAGAGUUUGAUAGAAAAGAAUGAUUUUAGUUCCAAAGAAUGCAAUCCACAUAUUGAAUUAUUAAAUGAAUGA